CAGACCACAGAACCUGUUGUUCAUGCGACGGACGACAGCUGUAGUCCAGCUGAUAUAAAACAGACUUUGGUACAGUGAAACACAUCACUUUACCGAUUUUCAUUUGAUUGGAGGAACAUCAGAAAGAAGGCUGACAGGAAAUUGUAGGAAUUCCGGCGAAUAUCUGAAGACUUUAUCAGUCCUAAAAAAGGUUUACUGACAGUGUGAUUCGUAUCGAAGUUGAUAUUUCGAUACAUUUCGGAACACUUACAAGGAAGAUGCAGGCGAAAAUGCAGCAAUGCAAAGAACAAAGCGGGCACGUAGCUCGACUCUCGGACGAGAGGAUGGGUGUUGCGACGAAAUACGGAGAGAAUCUGACAGAGGGGCGAAAAAUCGUGGGACAUUCCCUCACCUCCGGGGGACGAGGAAAGGAGAGAAGAACCUGCGUCUGUAGUCUGGAAAUUGGGAGCGAAACACUUUCUAGCGAAAUUAGGAAUUCUUCUGGAAGCUCGAGUCAUUGUUCAACAUGUGGGUGGAUCUUGUCUGCAUCAAGCGACCACAAACCUGUACCAACUAUGAGUCUGGCAUGGGGAUACGGCAAUAACAAUGGACCACUACACUGGCACGAGAAAUUCACUAUUGCCAAAGAUGGCAAGCGCCAGUCUCCGAUUGACAUCCAGACCAAGGAGGCGCAGUACGAUCCGAAUCUCCAGCGUCGGCCAAUCAUGGUGAAUUACAAGAGCGAGAUGGGUAUGGAAUUGGAGAAUAAUGGCCAUUCCGUGAAGGCCCAGAUGAAGGAAAAAUCCGAGUUGAGAGGAGGCCCAUUAGAGGGUACCUACUUACUGGAGCAGUUCCAUCUCCAUUGGGGGGCGGAGAACGGCGAAGGAUCGGAGCAUACCAUUGACGGAAACAAAUAUGACGCGGAGCUUCACCUCGUCCACUACAACUCAAAGUAUGAGACAUUCGCCAAAGCCGCGGAUAAACCGGACGGACUUGCUGUCUUCGGAUUUAUGGUCAAGGUUGGUAAGAGUAACGAUGGUUUUGAAAAGAUUUCAAAGGAUCUUGGAAAUGUAUUGGUGAAGGGGAAAAAGUGCAAUAUGGCCGAUAAAUUUGACCCAAGUUGCUUGUUUUCUGAUCUGACGGCGUACUGGACCUAUGCGGGCUCUCUAACCACACCCCCACUGUACGAGAGCGUCACCUGGAUCGUGUUCAAGAAGGCAGUGGAGAUUUCCCAGGAACAGAUGGACUCACUCCGGUUGCUUCAAGACUCCGAGGGAAAAAGCAUUGUCAACAACUACCGACCUCCACUUUCGGUAGGAGACAGAGUAGUCAACAGCUCCUUCAGUUAAUAAGCAUGUACUUAUAGUGUCUAUAGACAACAGGUCAUUGUGAUGUUUACGUCACUGUGAUUUUUAACACUGCACGAAAUGUAUACGUCACAGUGAUUUUAGCGUCACUGUUGUGUAAACAUUAUGUCGUUGUGUUGAAUACGUCACAAUGAUGGAUUUGUCUAUGUGGUGUGACGUCUUUAUGUGUGUGUUCGCGUCACUAUUUGUAGUGGACACGUCACUUUUUGUAGUGUAUAUAUGUACUCAAAUCAUUGGGUGUGUCUACCAGACCAGGCGUCGCUGUGCUUUAGAUAGACCAACGUGUGACAGUUAAUGUAACGGACCGUGUCUCGACUCGAUGGCUGGAACUGGCCAACAAAGGACCUGGAAUAUUCACUUGCGAGAAAUCUUUUUUUUAAACUCCAUUUCACGGUGGACUGUUUAAUAAAGACAAGCUUUUUUUUACGUUAUUGCAAGACAAUUUAACAGUUAUUGUAUUUCUUAUAUUUUAAAUUCUUGGAGGAAUAAUUGUUGUGAUUUUGGAAUGUAUUGUAAACCUUGUUACACAAAUAACCACAUAAACAGAAACGGUAAUCAAUUCUAAUCUCUUUAAGGAGUUGUGAUAUAAAAAAUAAUUAAAGUACAGUAAAUUUGAUUAUGGGGCGGUAUAUCAGUGUUAUUCUCUUUUAUCAAACAAAUGCAUCGACCGAAGUGAUUUUUGAUUUAUGACUUUCAAAGUUUCAUAAUUAAAAUUAAGAGUUAGUCUGUUCUAUGCAUUGUAGAUUUACUUUGACUUUUAAUUGUAUUUUCAUUAGAAGUGAUAAUAGUUAACUGAUGGUAGAUUCAAUAUCAUGUACAGUGUAGCAUCCCCUGUGUUCAUAAUGCUACCACUUUACAGCAUUCCGUACCAUUGUUUCUGACGCAGAAAGAAUACUAUAUUGCUAAAGUGUGAUGCUCUGUAAUAAUUCUAUGACGAAUAGCUAAGACAGUACAGUGCAUCAUUUAUAGUCUAUUGACAUUUUUUUAUUUGCAAUACUUACCCUUACUCACAUAGAUUCAAUCACAUAUGAUUAUACAACUUUUGCUAUUUUACAUACUAAAGAAAACAUUGUUGGAUAAAGGCUGCUUGUGAUGUGCGCAAUUUAAUUUUACUGGUUUGUCUCCGCCUGCUUUAGCUUGAAUUGAAUAACAAAAUGUCUGGGAUGGAGUUCUCUUGUAGAAGUAAGACCUUUUUACAGAAAUGUUAUAAUGUUUAUCAUCAUCAUCAGUGUGUUUUAUUUUUAAAUAUAACCAUACUAGAACAUUACCGUGUUUAUGUAUAUUAAAAUGAGGUUGGACGAAAAAUGCCAAUUUCAAAAUCACAAAAGAAGAAAACCUAUGGCAAUCUUAUGUUGAAUUUUAUAUUAUUGUUAAGUUGAAAAGCAGAUUUGUGAUGAAACAUAACUAUAUAUAUGGUUGGUACUUUAUUUACAGAAUAAAUUUGAGAGAAUUUUAACAAA